CCUCCGUCAUUCUUAUUUUAUCUUGCCCCCCCUCUCUUUCUCUCUCCCUUGAUCACCGUCUCCUUCCUUUUCCCUUCUUCUUCUUCUUCUCUACAGAUUUUGAAAACUAUUUUCCUGCAAAUUAAAUAAACAUCCCCAUCUCUGUGUAGCCAACUUUUCUAAAAUUGCAUGCCCUCUCAUGGAUUUCAAGUAAGAGUUUUAAAGAUCAGAUAGCACGAGUUUGUCUUGCUUCUCUUUUCUCCCUUCCUGUUUCGUUUUCUGGUCGACUAAACUGCAUUUGUGCACGCUACCCACUUCAAAUCUCUGAAUCCCCAUCUUGGAAAAACAAGUAAAAGUCGAUCUGUGGUCAGUUUACUUUGUAUAUCUGUAAGUUUUCUCUUCCUUUUUGUGGUCGAUAAGGAAGCAAGAUUUUAAUUGAACAAGCGUCAACAUGCUUAUGGAAAUCGCACAAGGAGGAGGAGGAGGAGGAAGCAGCAGCAGCAGCACCAGUAAUGGCAGAGCGGCCAAGGAUCCGUCGUCUGCGCCCAGCAGGUACGAAUCACAGAAAAGGAGAGACUGGAAUACCUUCGGGCAGUACCUCAAGAACCACCGGCCACCUCUGACCCUGUCCAGGUGUAGCGGCGCCCACGUCCUGGAGUUCCUUAGGUACCUUGAUCAGUUCGGCAAGACCAAAGUCCACAACCCCAUAUGCCCCUUCUUCGGCCAUCCCAUGCCGCCAGCGCCCUGCCCCUGUCCUCUCCGGCAGGCUUGGGGCAGCCUCGACGCACUUAUCGGCCGCCUCCGCGCUGCCUUCGAGGAGAACGGCGGCCAGCCUGAGGCCAACCCCUUCGGCGCGCGGGCCGUCCGGCUCUACCUCCGCGAGGUGCGCGAGCACCAGGCGAAGGCGAGGGGAAUCGCCUACGAGAAGAAGAAGCGCAGGCCUCCGACGGCGGGGGGGACGAGCAAGGCAAUGCCGCUCCAACUGUCGACGACGUCGUCCUCCUCCUCCUCGUGCUCUUCUUCUUCGUCGGCUUCCCCGUCGUCGACAUCUACUGCUCCGCCAUUAAUGGGCGUGCCGCAGAGUCACCAGGGCUUCCAUCACCAUCACCAGAUCCUUGUGGGCGCGCCCGUCGGUGUUGGCGACGGCAGCCUCGGCGUCGGGUCGUCGACGAUGGUGGUGGGGGCGUCUGGUUCAGGUGGGGCGAUGAUUCCCUUGUCAGUGCUGAACUAGCCAGCUCGCUAGGCUCGGCUUUGGAGGACCACCGCAUCUUUAGUUCAAUCCUGUUACGUGGACCGGAAGAUGUUCUUGAAAUCCAAGGUACCAUCCAUGGCAGAUCUCUCUUAAUCCGAGGCUGUAUCAGUUCCUUUCCUUUUCUUCUUCUUUUAUCUUUCUCUGAGUUUGGGAAUUAGGAAGAUAGUAAGAUGUAUAUGGCGGUCGAUAGAACUCUUUUCCCUACGUAUUAGCUAGGAUUAUAGCAGCUAUGGUACUCUUCUGAGAAAUAUGUGGACGAUAUUCGAGACUUGCUUGUUCCUAA